CCCUGAGCCCGCCUCCACAGAUAGCAAUGUUUUGUUGUGACUGAAUCAACAAGAAACUGGGCACUGCGGACAGUUUUAGACAUCAACCUCAUCCCCCACAAUGGCCUCCUCUUCAUCAGUUGGAGAUAAACAGCUUCAGAGGAUAAUCAGAGACCUACACGAUGCUGUGAUGGAGUUGAGUAAAGAACACAAAGAGUGUGCUGAACCCAUAACAGAUGAUAGUGCCAGUCUCCACAAGUUCUUUUAUAAGCUUGAAUACCUUUUGCAGUUUGACCAGAAAGAGAAGACAACCUUUCUUGGCCAAAGAAAAGACUACUGGGAUUACUUCUGCGACUGCCUGAUUAAGAUCAAAGGAGCUAACGAUGGCGUCCGUUUUGUUAAAUCCAUCCCUGAGUUAAAGACAUCACUGGGGAAAGGAAGGGCCUUAAUUCGCUACUCCCUUGUUCAUCAGCGUCUUGCAGACACUCUGCAGCAGUGUUUCAUUAACCAGAAGGUCACCAGUGACUGGUAUUAUGCCCGGAGUCCCUUCCUCAAGUCUUACAUCACUGCUGAAAUAAUCAACGACCUUUAUGAGCUGAACGAGAUCCAAUUCGACGUGGCCGCCAGAGGUUACGACCUUGAUGCAGAUUGGCCCUCAUUUGCAAGGAGAACCUUAGGAGCUGCUGUACAAAGUCUAUUGUGGAAACCUCCAAGUCGAUGUUCCAGCAUCAACAGCCUGGUCGGCAGCAAUUCACACUCCCAGGUGCAUGAGUGCCUUCAGGUCCCAGACCUGAGUCACAGUCUGCUUGGAGAACUUGGAGAUUUGGGAGAACAUUCUUCCUGCAGCAUUGCAGAGAAUCUGCGCAUCGAGCUCGACCAGUCCGAGCUCAGACAGCAGCAGCUUCUGGUACACGUGCAGGAGUUGAGUGAAGAGGCCGCUGAGCUGAAAGGUGUCGUCAAAGACCUUCAAGGUCAGUUAUCGGCUCAGACGUAUGGCAUUUCAGCAUCUGUCUUUGCCUGGUCUAACUCGGAAACUGGUAAUGAGGACAGACUGAAUCUGCACCAGACUCAGAAGGAUUUACAAGAGACAUUCAAAGUUGCCGAGAACAAAAAUAUGGAGCUUCUGGCUAAGUUGGAUGAGGCUCUUAACAAAAAGGGACAACAGACAGCCAGCUACUGUGACUCAGCCUGGAAAAUCCAGGAACUCUUAGAAAGACUUAAGAUUGCAGAGGACGAGAGGUUAGAAGCAAAAAGAGAGGCAGAGGAAAGGGCCAGACAAUCUGAACAUUUGUCCCAGGAUCUGAAGCUCAGGGAAGAAGAGUUGAAGAAUAGUAAGGAGAAACUUGAUGAAGUCAAGGGCAGAGCACACGUCGAACGAGAGGGGGCUCUCGCACGGUUGGAGGAACUGCAGAGUGCAGUUGGUCGAAUUCAGGGGGCCCUCACUUUAAAAGAGAAGGAGACUGGCAACUUGAGAGCCCAGCUGCAGGAUGUGCAGGAGUCUCUGGAGUGCAGGGAACGCCAAGCGGAGGAACUGCGGAAAAGGUUGCAGGAGGAGGUAGAGCAACGAUGUGGUAUGAGCUGUAAGGAACUGGAGGGCCAGAUGUUGGAGUUAAGAAAAACUCUAAAAAGUAGAGAGGAAGAUCUAACUGCUCGUUCAGAAAAGAUAAAGCAUUUGGAGGAACAGUUAGAGAAGCUAAAUGCUGAAAGAGAGCCUUUGUGCUUCCAACCUGAUGAUAGUAAUUCUGUCUGUUGUGAGACUGGAAGCCAUGAGGACUACAAAAUCCAGUGCAGUCAUCUCAUAGAAAUGAACAAAGAGCUUCUCCAAACAGUAAGGAGAAAUGAAGCAAGUGUUACAGAGCUGACUGAAACCAGAGCUGCCCUGAUGGACCAGCUGGCUGUUUUAAAAGCCUCUGAGAAGCAGUUAAAGGGUAGAGUAGAAGCUGCUAAGAUCAACGUGGAAGACAGGGAAAAGAAACUUUUAGAUGAAAACCUUCAUCUUGAAGAGACUCUCCAAAAGAUGUUACUCCAGAAUGAACAGUUAGAUGCUCAAGUAAAAAAGUUACAGCAGGAAAAUUUAGAGUUUUUGGAAACUCAGUCCUCGAUGAAGAGGAGAUUAACCACAACUCAACAGGAGUUGGACUUUCUCAAUACAAAAGCUAACAUAUUGGCAAAUAACCUCACAGGGUCCCAAAGGGGCCAAGCAGAGUUGCUUGAAAAGCUCCAUGAAGCCGAGGCAAACCUGAGAGCCCGGACUGUAAACUGUGCCCUCCUCCAGGCUCGAGUGGACGAGCUGGAGAACGGGUCCAUGCAGUAUGAAAAAGGAGCAGCAGAAUGCAAUGAAAAAACACAUAAGCUUCAAGAUGAACAUCAGACCUCCUCGUUGGACACUAAAGAGGCCCCAAUCAGGCUGGUUAUUGCUGAAGCCCAGUUGGAGCUCAACCAAAGGGAGGUGACCAGGCUCCGAGAAGAGAUGGUGGAGCUCAAGGCUCAGCUGCUGGCGGCAAACGAGGACAAGAUGAGGGUUCAGGCUCUGCAGGAGGUGACAGCGGCCUCCAGAGAGGACCUGCGCAUUUUAUCAGAUCAGCUGAAGAUCCAGGUGGAGGAGCUGAACCACCGACACGUGGAUGAGAUUCUGAGAUCUCGAGAGCGUGAGGAAGUUCUCAUCAGGGAGCGCGAUGGCGAGGCACAGGCUCGUGUGGAGCUGGCUGCGGAGGUGACGGCCUGCAGGGAGGAGCUGGACAGACUGAAAUUGAGCUGUGAAGCUUUGCAUCUGGAGAACAGUGACUCACAGGAGGCCCUUCACAGAGCCAACACAGAAACAGCAGAACUUGGUGUGCACGUGUGCAUGCUGACUGCUCAGAACGAGGAGGCUCAUCUGCGCUGGGAGGGCCUGUCGUCAAGGCUGCAGGAGCUGGAGGAGGCAGCGGCUCAGGAGGCAGAGAGGAUGAACACCUGCAUGGAACAACUGCGUCAGGAGAACCAGGAGCUCCACUCUCAAGUCCGUGACAACAAGGAUCUCUUGUUACUCAGGCAGAAACUGCAGACCGAACUGAGCGAGGCCCAGCAGGAGGCAGAAACUGGACAGAAGACAAGCCAGGAAGAGAUUCAGGCGCUCCGGGUCCAGCUCAGCAGCCAAGCCACGGGCCAUGGAACCCAGCUCCAGAGGGUGAACCAGGAGUUGGAGGAUGUGAAGUUCCAGCUGGUUACUGAGCAGGAGAAAGCAGUCAGCGUUGAGAACAAACUCGAGCAGCUGAAGGCAGAGAAUCAGAGAAAUUGCCAACAGAUUGCGGAGAAAAACAUCCAGAUGGCCGAGUCAGAAAAUGUCCUCUUACAGAAAGAAGAAGAGAUAAUCCAUCUGAAAGAAAAUUUAUCGAGGUCUGAGAGGGGCCUGGCAGCAGCUCAGCGAACCUGUCAGGAGAUGGCUGAAAAUCUACGGCGGGUCAAACAGGACAAACAGAGCUUAGAUUUAAAGACAGCUGCUGAACUCGAUGAUCUUUAUCGUACCAAAAUCAAUUUAGAGGAAAGGCUUGUGGAGCUCAUCAGAGAAAAAGAUGCACUUUGGCAGAAGUCGGACGCCCUGGAGUUUGAGCAAAAGCUCCGUGAUGAGGAGACAGAGAGGGACGUCAACUACUGCUUGGAUUGUCACACUCAGUUCAGCUGGUGGCUGCGCAAAUACGACUGCAGACUGUGUGGGCGUCCCUUCUGCUACUACUGCUGCAGCAACACAGUGAGCACCCAGCAGGGCGGCAACAGAGAGCGCUGCUGUACCGACUGCUACAACCAGCACAGCGCAGUGGUUGAGCGCCACCCACAGGUGGAGGUCACUCACAACACACCGGGGUCUUCCUUCAGUCGCUUACUGCAGACCGGCCGAUCUUUGGCUGAUGUUGCAGGAGGGGAUGAAGGUGAAAAGCCAGAUGAUGGUGUUUUUGACAUUAUCACAGAGGAGGAGGUCAGCAGGGUUUAUGAUGGUGACUCUUUUACUACUGCGUGCUCUUCUGGACAUGGCCAGCAGGGGGCAGCACAACUAAACAACAGUGCCAGUACAGGAGACUUUACAUCAGAAGAUGCUGAGGACAUCGGUGCUGCUGUACAGGAUGCAGAGAUCUGCCUGCUGAAGUCUGGGGAACUCACGCUCUCUGUACGUUUGAUGGUGGGUGACAUCUGCAAAUUUGGGGAGAGCUCUCGGGAGCUCUUCAUAAAGUCGAGCUGUUACAGCAUCAUCCCCAUUACUAUGACUUCUCCUGGACCCACCGUGUCCUGGACCUUCACCUCUGAACCAAAGAGCAUCUCCUUCAGUGUGGUCUAUAGGGAGAGCACAGAGACUCCGCUGGAGCAAGCCAAGGUUUUAAUUCCCCUGACGCGAUGUAAUUCCCACAAAGAGACGAUACAGGGGGAGCUAAAAGUCAGAAACCAAGGAGAAUACAUACUCAUCUUUGACAACUCUUUCUCCAGGUUCAUUUCAAAGAAAGUGCUGUAUCAUCUGAGUCUUGACAAGCCCGUGGUCCACGAUGGAUCUGCCCUUCUCUGAACUGGACAAAGGAGAACAGGUGGAGAUCUGACUUUCCGUGUCAAGAUGUUUAUGUUCACGCGGAUCGUUUCCAGGUAAAAUGGUCUGACUCCUCUGCUGCAGAGUAGCCUCAGUGAAAGGUUGUGGCAUUUAAAACGUGUCUCUCUUGUUUUGCACACGAGGCAUUGAAUGUCAGGUGAGGUCUUAUCAAAGUAGAACAAAAGCUGCAAACAACUCCCAAAAUCAGUGCUGCCCUGCAGAAUGUUAGUGUGAACAGUGUGGUGUUGUAGCUGCUUUUGAUGUAGCAUUUAGGAUAUCUGUAGGCAGCUUUGCAAUUUGGUUUAUCUUGAGAUUAAGUUGGUUUUUAUUUAACUCGUAUCAUAGAAGCAAUUAAUUGUCAAAUGAAAUACGAUCUCUUCACAGUGACAGAUAGGUUUUAUAAGGUUUCAGUCUUCUGCCAUAGUACUUGUUUUAUUAAUUAUUUGUGUUUUUUGUGUUUUGAAAUAACUGAGAGUAAGAAAAGAAGUUCUUAAACUGUCCUAUAAGGUUAACUCACUGAGUUAACUUGUUGAAUAUCGGUCUAAAAUGCAUACGAUGAACGUCGUUACUAGAAAAAUAGUAAAAAUAUGUGGCAGAAGCUUUAACAUUUUUUAUGAGAUGGUAGGUAGUGACAGUUCACAUGAAAAAGGACAGUCAAGUUUGUUACCCAAUAGAAUCAAACGGUGUCAUAUAAGCAAAAGUCUGUUGCCUUACAUUGUAUAAUUUAAAAACAAAUUUAAAGCCUCAUUAUUAUUUACUUUAUUAGUCUCUAUAAAUGACUGUUUGAAUUAAGCUUUGGGUCUUUACUGAUCUCUGAAACAUCCGAUCUAACAAAAUCCUUAUUUAUUCUAAUAAUUGAUCAUUUUUGCCUUUCAGCCUUCAUAAAUUAGAAAAGAUAGAUUUUUGGAAAUGCAGUUGUGAUGAAACAUAGGAAGGCAAUGCAAGUUUAUAUCUAUAGAGAAAUUCAGGAUAAUUUUAAGUACUUUACAGGAAAUGCAGGACAUUAGAAGUAUAUAAAAUGUUGGCAUUACAUAAAAACAAUAAAACAAAAAAUUUAAACAACUGACUAUGAAAUAACUGUUAAAGAUGAGCUUUAGCCUUUAUUUUACAGCUACAGUAAACAAUAGUUUUUCAGACUUGAUUUAAAGGAACUGAAAUUUCUGCACCUAAUGUUUUCAGGGAGUUGAUUUUUAGGCUGAACAGAACAGAAACUAAACUCCUUUGGUUUUAUAUCAUAGUUCAUAGCUAAUUAUCUUGCUAGCUAACACUAAAGAUGUGAAUUCACGUAACAGGAGUGUAGUUAUGUGGAAGUUUCAUUGUUUAAAAUAUAUUCAGUGUUUUACUUGGAACUUCACUUAAUUCCUCUAUCCCAACUGUUUAACUAUAAAUGCAGAAAGUGUUUUAUUUCUCAAGAGACACCUAAAGGAGGAUCCAGAGAUAACAAUGUUUGCUCUAGAUAAACAAAUACUGCAUUUUUGUCAUUUACACAAAGAUUUUCUUAAUAGAAAUGUUUGUUUUUAAAUGGUUUUGCUUUGAAAGUAGUUUGUAUUAUGAAGUGUGAUUGUAUUUCAACCUGCCGUGUGUGACGUAAAAGUACUCUUAGCCCAGAAUAAAGACAGUUAUGUUAUUUUAUUUAUAUAUAUAUAUAUAUAUAUAUGCCCAGGGAAGACCUUUCAGGUAGAGGUAACAGAAAGGUAACAGAAAGACUGCUGUAUAAUGCACUUUUAACAGGGCUGUAUGGUCAGCAACCCCAUGUGCCAGUAGAUACAUGUUUUUUCUUUUGUUUUAUUUGUGAAUUCUUUUUUUUUUUUUUUUAUGUCUUCUACUGGAUUUUCUGACACAAGAGCUUUAAAUUUUGGAUUUAACUCUCAAAUGUUUUAGUGCUUUAUUAAUAUAUAAUUUACAAAAACACAUUUCUAACUAAAAUGUUUAAGUUUUUUUUUUUUUAAUAAAUAGAAUUUGUGUGAAA